AAGUCAGCGCGAGCCGGUGGGGGCGGGGGGGCCGGCGGGAGUGAGAGCGAGCGAGAGAGAGUGAGUUGUCCGCUAACUUCGACGGCCCCGAGACAACAACAAACAUGACAGAGUUCGACGCCAACCCGUUCGCGGACCCGGUGGAAAUAAACCCCUUUCAGGAUCCUUCGGUAACUCAGCUGACUAAUGCCAACCAGCAAGGUAUUGAUGAUUUUAAUCCAUUCACCGAGAACAGCAGGCUGACUCCUGCUGCAACAGAUACCAAAGUUCCAACUGCACCGAAGGUUGCUCCUUCUCAGCCAGCAAUCUUGCAGCCCACAGUGGAACCCAGUCCUCAGGCCAAUGUCUCAGCUGCACAAUUGGUACUGCUUCGACAGCAGGAAGAGCUAGAGAGAAAAGCUGCUGAACUAGACCGCAAGGAACAAGAACUCAAAAAUGAAAGUUAUAAUGCAAAAAGAAAUAAUUGGCCCCCUCUGCCAUCGUUCUGCCCCGUCAAGCCAUGCUUCUACCAGGACUUUGCAGCAGAGAUCCCAGCAGGCUUCCAGAGGACAGUAAAAAUGUUGUACUAUUUGUGGAUGUUUCAUUCAAUCACACUAUUCUUGAACCUCCUUGCUUGCCUGGCUGAAUUUAUUCAGGAUGCUAAACAUGGAGUCGACUUUGGCUUGGCCAUCUUGUGGUUUUUGCUCUUCACUCCUUGUGCCUUCCUGUGUUGGUACAGGCCAGUUUACAAGGCUUUCAGGUCUGACAGUUCAUUCAACUUCUUUUUCUUCUUCUUCGUGUUCUUCUGUCAAAUAGCUCUCUAUGUCAUUCAGGCAGUCGGCAUUCCCAACUGGGGUGUCAGUGGCUGGAUUGCAGCUCUCAGUUGGACAUCAACGAACAUUGCUGUGGCAGUGGUUAUGAUGGUGGUGGCAGCAUUUUUCACAGCAUGUGCAGCCCUUGGUUUGUUUCUGAUGCAAAGGGUACAUUCGAUAUUCCGCAGGACGGGUGCUAGUUUUCAGCGAGCGCAGGAAGAAUUCUCGCAAGGAGUCUUCACCAACCCCUCCGUGCGCAAUGCUGCAGCCACAGCCGCAUCAGCUGCUGCACAAAGCACCUUCCAGGGAAACUAAAAUACUGAGAAUUAUUUCUCAAAGCUUUCCUAUUUGUACGUUCUUUAUAAAGAUGCACUUUCAUUGGUCAAUAUGUGUAUUUUGUGUGUCUACCUAAUAAGGGGGUAAAGAUAUUUGGCGUUAAUCAGAGGGUUUCAAAUAGAUGCAUUGACAAUAUCUCUACAUUUCCUACUUUAAGGAAACAGCUGCUUAACUAUCGGGGGAGAAAAAUACAUUUAUAUUUAUGUAUGUAUUUUUUUCAUAUUUUGUAUAUGAAGAAUCAUUGACCAGUGUAUUGAUUAUUGGAGAGGUACAUUUACAGAAAAGGGUAAAUAUUAACUAACUUUGACUUUUUAAAAUUGUCUUCAUCCAACACACUGCAUUUUAUUAGUGUUUGAAGGUAUUGAUCAACACCAUGUGGUGUAUGAUGAUGAUCUGUGUUCUGUAGCAUCACUUUAGCCUGGUGGGGAAAUGCUGGGUGUGAGCAGUUUUGGGAAUGGUGGUCCGCUUGUUGUCAUGGAAAAACUAGUGACAAAAGUCACAUCAGAGGCCUCAUUAUGACAAUACAGCGUGCAUGCUUAAAUAAUCUACGAAAAUAGGGUUUUCUAUAAAAAUAGACGUUUAUUAAGUUCAAAAUGUUUGGCUAUUUAAAGAAAAGAAAGGUAUUUAAAGACACAAGCCUGGAAAUACAUACCCCUGCAAGCCAAGCAGGUACUGAAAAUAGAACAUGCUAGUAUUUCACAGAAUUGUUUUUUAAUUGCACAAACAAUGAGUAAACAUUAGUGCGCAAAACAUAUUUAUGAUGCUUUUUACUGUUCAGGUGAACUUUGUUCCAUUUCUGAGCAAAUAUCCACACAUAAAGCAUCAACUGAUCUAUUCUCAGAUGCUGAAAAAGCCUGACUCUUUGAAUCAGCCCUAAUUUGAUGAAUAUCUUGAUUUUUUUUUUCGUUAUUGUCAUAAUAAAUUUUCUUUAAUCUGAGUUUGGUGCAUAUUUAAAGGUGUGCUUUUAGGCAAUAGUAGUAUUGGAUGGGCUUUUUUUUCUUCCUUCAAAAUAGCAGCUGCUCAGAAAACAUGCUUGAAAGAACCACUUCAAAUUAGCCUCCUUUUGAAAAUGAAGUAUUUCUGUGGGGUGCGAAGUGGAACAAAUAUUUAAAGGCAGAUUUUUUUUUUAAAGGAUUUAAUUGGUCAGAUUUAAUGUUUUCUCUGAAUGUUAUAGUUCACUAAAUUUGUCUUAAUUCACUUGGAUCUUAAAAAAAUCACCUCAUUUUAAAUGCCUGCAUUUACUCAUUCUGAUACUGAUUUUGUAAAUGGUGUUGUCUCUACUAUCAAAGCUCCUCUCUAUUUUAGGGUUUUGGCGAGUUUAGCAGAUGGUUGUGCUGUUCCCUGCUGACAAAAUUAAUAACCAGCUGUUAAAUAAACUGGGGUGCCUGUGGUGGGGACUACGUUGAGUUACUUUCUAACAUCUAGACUGUAUAGUUUUUAUCUGUCAAAUUUUUGUUUUCUCUAUUCCUUUUUUGCAUUUUAACGAAACUCCCUUCAAAAUAACAUUGUCCUUGAUAACAAGAGAACAUCGGUAACAAGAGAAACUGAGGAUACCUGAUGGUACCUGUUUUUCACUCUCACUUUCUCACUCUCUCUCACUCUCUGUCUCCAGAUAACUAGCUUUAGUGCAAGCCCAUAGGAAGUCACAGGUGUGCAUAUUGGUUCAGACUGUGAUUUAGCCUCUGGGGAGUGAAUGGCUCCGAACAUGUUGUAUCAGUCCCUUUCCAAAUGUCGAUAUGACUGAUACUCCCAGAUCAAGGAAAUUUCUCCGACUUGAUCCUUCAGAUCCUCGAGUUUGGGUGAACAAUUUUAUUGUGCUCUCUCGUUGGUGCAAUUGCCACUAAAAUGUUAGAAUACAUAGAAAAUGUAGCUGCAGACUUUCUUUUUGAAUUAUUCACAAAGAUUUCUCUUUUCCUCCCUGCAGGUUAGUUUGGCAUAUAACAGGUGCUGUACUACCAACUGAAUAUGAGCACAUGAGCUUAGCACAAAACUAAACAGAAAUGAGUGCAGUGUCCAUUUUAGGGACUGUCACCCUUUAGCUCCAGAGCUCUUGGUUCACAGGACUUGUCUCCUAUAUUUGAGUAUUGUAUUAAAAUCAUAUCAAAGUGAGCUGAUGUAAUUUUUUUUUUGAUUUUCACAAAUGUAAGUGGGAUGUUCAUUUGCUUGAGCAAACUUUCUAUUGGAAUGUAUGGUGUUAGCUUGUUACUGUUAAUAUAUUAAAAAAUAAAUCCAUGCAAAUGUCCUCUAAAACAUUUGUGUUCCAAUAAAAAUCUUUAUCUCUUUA